AUGAUUGGAGUUGGGAUGAUCGUCAGAGAUGAUGUUAGGGAUAUCAUGAUGACUGCAAGUAUGGGUAUCUCUAUUGAGUGCUCCCCAUUAGAAGCUGAAGCUCAGGCUAUUAUGUUUGGUCUCACUCUGGCGUAUGAUGCUGGUCUGAGAAGGUUAGAGGUGGAAUCUGAUUGCCUUCAGCUUGUGAAGAUGCUCCAAGGAAGUGUACGAGAGAAAUCUGCAGCCCAACUUACUGUCCUUGAUGCUAUAAGUCUGACUAGUAUUUUUGAGUAUUGUAGUUUUGCUUUUUGUCCUAGAAUAUGUAACAAGGCUGCUCAUCUCAUUGCUAAGUCCUCUUUGGACCACAGUGAGUUACGAGUCUUAAUGGAGAAUUGUACUCCUGAUGUUUUGCCUACUAUCCUUGGUGACAAGGAUAAUAUCCAAUAA